AAUCCUCCAUUUCGUCCCAUUCUCUCCACCGACAUUUCUCAACCUCCAUUUUCUUCUCAAUUUUCUCACCAUUUCUCUUCCGAAGCUUUUCCGUUCAAGAUCUUCGCUUCUUCACUAGUCGGUGAUGUAUAAUUUCUCCCAAAAAAUCUCCAAUUUCGAUCGACAUUUUUGUGAUUUCAUUUGCCUUAGAUUUGCUUAAUCUUCAAUUCCCACGUCUUAGAUUUUCUUACCAAGUCGUAGGAUCGAAUUUUACCGUAAAUAGCCCAACGCACUGCUGAAGAUUGAAGAUCUCGAUUUGGGUGCGUUGAAAAUUUUGAUUUGGGAAAAGAACAAACUAGGGUUUUUUUUUUUAUCCCAACUUUUUUGGAAUAAUGUCUUCGAUUCGAUUCGAUUCCACAAAGCAGUACUACACCACGAGCGGUCUUGUGGUGGGUUACGCUCUGUGUUCGAGCUUGCUUGCGGUGAUAAACAAGUUCGCCAUUACCAAGUUCAACUACCCUGGCCUUUUGACUGCUCUGCAAUACCUAACUUCUGCUUUGGGAGUUUGGGUUAUGGGGAAAUUGGGUUUUUUGCAUCAUGACGCCUUUACUUGGGACAAUGCCAAGAAGUUUUUACCCGCGGCCAUUGUUUUCUAUCUGGCAAUCUUCACGAACACGAAUCUUCUUCGCCACGCCAAUGUCGAUACGUUUAUUGUGUUCAGAUCUUUGACGCCCCUUUUGGUUGCGAUAGCCGAUACGGCGUUUAGGAAACAGCCAUGUCCUUCCAAGCUCACUUUUGUCUCUUUGUUGAUCAUUUUGGGUGGAGCCGUUGGCUAUGUCGCCACGGAUUCGGGUUUUACUUUGACUGCUUAUUCGUGGGCGUUUGCUUAUUUAGUGACGAUCACUACUGAAAUGGUUUACAUCAAGCACAUGGUCACAAAUCUUGGGUUGAACACCUGGGGUUUCGUGUUGUACAACAAUUUGUUGUCCUUGAUGAUUGCUCCGUUGUUUUGGAUUAUUACCGGGGAGUACGGCGAGGUGUUUGCGGCUUUGGGAUCGAAUGCUGGGAAUUGGUUUGAGCCUGCUGCGUUUUAUGCAGUCUCGUUGUCCUGUGUGUUUGGUUUGCUUAUUAGUUUCUUUGGGUUUGCAGCAAGGAAGGCGAUCUCUGCUACGGCAUUCACUGUUACUGGGGUGGUAAACAAGUUUCUUACAGUUGCCAUCAAUGUGAUGAUUUGGGAUAAGCAUGCCAGUCCCUUUGGUUUGGUCUGCCUCCUCUUUACAAUUGUAGGAGGAGUUCUUUAUCAGCAGUCGGUUACCAAAGGUGUCAGCGCUCCGGCACAGCGCGAAUCGGAUGCGUCUAAGCAGACUGAUGAUGAGAGUGAUGGUGAUGACUAUGCAGAAGAUAGUCAACGGAAGCCCAUACUUGGUAAACUUGCUUCCGUGUGAUGACUUUUAUUUUGUAAUCUUUCGUUUUUAAAACAGGGGCUUAGUAGGAUAUCUUUAGUGUAUUCCUAUUAUGAAUGGUUUUGUUUGAAAGCAGCUAAACUCUACUAUUGAUUAUUUUAAUGAUAUGAAAUCUUUACAGAUAUAUGGUUUCUGGCAGCAUUUUUAGCUGGCACUAAUUUCCUUCCAUCGGAAAAAUUCGUUUUUCUUUGGUGUUUUAUAAGGACUCUCAGAGUAAUAGAAGGUUUCAUGUCCA